UUACCUGUGGCGGACAUCUAAUAGGACUAUUGGGCAAGCUACACAGCCAAUUGUUUUUAUUUACCUGUGGCGGAGAUCUUAUAGGACUAUUGGGCAAGCUACACAGCCACGUGUAUUAUUUACCUGGACGGACAUCUAGGUAGGCUGUACAGUCAGGAAUAUACCUGUGACAGACAUCCAGGUGUAUUUACCUGACAGAUAUCCACUGCACAACCAGGAUGAAGCAGUAUCUAAUGGUGUUAGUGUUUGGUAUGAUCUGUUUAAUUCGUGCCACAAACUGUCAAGAUGAACAACGAAUUGAUGAAAUUAUAAAUGCUGUGUUGGCAUGUCGUAACAAUCCAGGUCUAUCAGUUACUGUCGUCAAGGAUGGUCGGGUUGUGCUCAGUAAAGGAUAUGGUGUGCGGAAUCUACAGACAGGCGAACCGGCGACCAAUAAAACCCUGUUUGGACUCGCAUCUCUUACAAAAGCAUUUACAUCAACACUGUUGGUCAAACAGCUUUCUGAAAAAACUUCGUAUCAUGUUGGUACCAAUGUAUAUAAAGUAUUAAAUAAUAGCCGUCUAUUCAACAAUACUCUCCGAUCAAUAUACGCCACAGUGGAUGAUCUCAUGGCUCACAGAUUGGCCAUUCCAAGAAAUAACUUUUUACGGUUAAGUUCUACCCUCACAAGGGAGAAUCUGGUAAGUCGAAUCCGGUAUCUGCCAUCCACGGGAGCUUUUAGAAAGACUUUUUACUAUUCUGAUCUGAUGUAUGGGGUGUUAACACGUAUCACUGAAAAUAUUGGUGGCCAGUCGUGGGAAGAUCUAAUGACUUCCUAUAUACUCAACCCGUUAGGAAUGACCUCAACAACCUUUGAAACACGACAAGAUCAUGGUUCAUCAGAUGUUGCUACUCCAUAUGUCUCUGAAAAUGGAGUAUUGACCCCUGCCUCUCAAGAUUUCAUAAGACACUGGGAAUUAAUAGGCGGGUCGGGGUCCAUGAUGAGUACCGCUGAAGAUAUGGCAAAAUGGCUGAUAUUUCAGCUGAACAAUGGCAAGACACCAAAUGGUACACAGUUAAUGGACUUGCAAGAUUUCGAGGACACCCACCGACCACGUAAUAUGAUUAGUUCCAAAUAUUCAGCUACAGGGAAAUAUUUCACGAGACCAAAAAUUCCCGUUACUACUAGCAACGACGGAUAUGCACUUGGAUGGAAGACUGGUUUUUAUAGAGGUUUACGAAUGCUCCAGCACUCCGGCACAACGUGGGGAUUCGCCAGUCUGUUAACGUUAAUACCCGAUGAAAACCUAGGAAUAUUCACAUCCAUGUCUGGCACAGAUAUCGGAUACUUCACCCGUCUCACGCUCCAUAAUUUCCUGGCUGACAUAUUCCUUGGGGAGACGCCAUGGCUGAAUUCCACUACCAUAUGUAGCUUUCCUCGUCCUUGGCACAACAACGUACAAUCCAGACGAACGAAAAGGGCGAUAACUAUGCCUAUCUCUCCCUUUCUGGUAACAAAUUUAGUUAUAUAUGCUGGUGUCUACAGAAAUGAGGCCUAUGGUAAUAUUGAUGUCGUCAUCACCAAUAACAGGCUUCGGGCGAUUUAUGGUAUCGGAGAAUGGAACCUUAACCCGACUUCUGACACCAAGUUUACGGCAGUGUGGCAGAAAGAUGCUCCAAGACUCGACUUUGUUUUCACAUUUAAAAAGACAGGGACGCGUGUCUACUCUCUGAUUCCCGGUUUUCAGAAAUCAAAACCCCCCAUAUUCUAUAAAAUCUCUCAGACACCUGGUUUAAUUGGUUAACAUAAAGCAAUAGACCUCUCUCAUUUGGGGGGGGGGGUGGGUGGAUGGCUGAAUGGUUAGCGUGCGCGCUGUAUCAUAAAGUCUGUCAUUGAGUCGACUGGCGUGGUUUCGAAUCCCCGGUUGUACGUGACAAGGAGUAGGGUCACCUGUCCAACCUCGUGGGUUUUCUCCGGGUCCUCCGGUUUCCUCCCACUGCUAAAGACCCGUAUGCGCAAGCAAAUUAUUAAAAUAAAAUUAAAACCAUAUGUUAGUCCCGAAAUGACCUAGUUUGUGUUGAGUGGACGUUAAACCCCAUUUCUCUCUCUCUCUCAUUUGGGUUCAAAAUACAAUCUCUCUGGCACAAAGCAUAAUUGGUUAAACUACACUUGACGAUACCGAUACCGCAGUACAUGCCGAUAACCCUAACCCCUGCACUCGCAAUAGCCUAACAAAUAAGGCCAGUGGUAGACCGAUUUCCAAGCAAGUGAUUUCGUGUAAUGCACGAGUUAUGUCCCUUGGUUACAACUUCCAUACCUACUUAGAAAUCGCAUAUUGAGGUGAAAUUUUUGGCACAAAAACACCACGAUUUUCAAAAAUAAUGACAAUUUGGCAUAAAGAAACGUAUAUAAUCAAAAAUAAAUAUGAAUUAUUAUGAUAUGACUUACAUGACAAGAUUUAAACAGCACUAAUGCUAAUCCCAACCAUAACGCGAAUGCUAGCCCUAAUGCUUGCACUAACCUACAAUCUCAAUCUCGCCAACAAUCAGGUGUCCUAACCUUAUUUACAUCUUGGCGACCUUGAUGACAAUUGAGUUGGCCUUAACAAAUAGAUUUAGCUGUAUCAUCAUAGUUGGGUCCAAAAUAAAAUUUCAUUAUAUUUUAUGUUUUGCUUUGUUUUGUGGUGGGGGAGCUGUAGUGGCUCAGUGAGUAAGACAUUGACUCAAUAACAUCGCGCUCCCUUGAUCGAUCCCUGAGUGGUGCAUCAUGGAGGGCCUGACAAUGGUCAAGAUAUAGUCAUUCAGAUGGGAGGAAACUGGAGGACCCGGCGAAAACCCACGAAGUUGGACAGGCGACCCUACUACUUGUCACAUACAACCGGGGAAUGGAAACCACGCCAGUUGACUCAAUGACAGACCAUAUGAUACAUCCAAAAUCUUCGACAUUGAAAACACGAUUUUUUUUGCAAUUUAAAUUAGCAUUGGUGUUGUGGUCUUACCUGGAAAAGAUGGGCUUCUGAUAUCCAAUAUUUAAGACAAAAUAAAAACUUUACCAUUGGUACACGAAUCGUGUACCAUAAUGCGUUUCAGUGCCAUUUGUAACAAGGUGCUCAAAAAAUGAGGCUAGACAUAUUCCACAAGUCAUGUCAAACGGUGAUGCCAUAUUCUUAUUUGGAGAGCAUGCGCAAUAUAUACUAUCGGUGUUGACGGGAAUAACCAGAUGCUAGAAACUGUCUUUCGGUUGAGAUUAUACAUUUUUACGGUAAAUCACCAACAGAAAAACCUAUUUAAAAUUACUUAAUAUUGGAGCCAUCCCUACAAAUGGGGAGUCAAAACCCUGCCACUUGACUCUAUGAUAGACCUUAUGAUCGGCAAUCCAAGUCUUAGUCUUGUAUUCUGCACAUUCACUUAUAUGCAGAUAAAGCUAAAAAUAAAUUGACCGGCCCCUCUAGAAGUAUACUUCUUAGAAACUGUACUUUCAAUUCUCCAUCCAGUAACACUAUAUAACACUUUGCGAAUUGUUUAUUUCCAAUAAAAAAAAAAAAAAAAAAUUCUACAACCAGAAUAAACACUGAUUGUUCCUAUUUAGAUAAGUGUCCUAUAAUCGUCGAGGUUUUCGUGGUCUGUUUCCAUUAAAUGGUAUUGGGGUACUAUCUGUUACUGAUACAACUUGAAUACCAGCCAUCUGUAAACCUUUCAGAGCAGGCUGAAAUAAAAAAUAUAAUAAUAAUAUGUAUGUAUGUAUGCCACAUCUGCAAGAAAAUUCUUUUUCAAACAUUGUGAAUACUUGAGAAUUUUUAGACUUUUGAGGUGCUAGGGGUGGCUCUUCAAGGCAUUUGCUCUGGGUGCAAUCUCGGUGUUCCCUAAAAAGUUCAUUUCCCUCAUAGCAUAAACAACACUGUUCAUUGCCCAUCUUCCUUAGCCCCUGUUGUUGCAAUAAAGUAGGACUGUAAAACCCAUUCCAUUUCAAACUUUUAAAGUGUAGAGUUUGCAAUGAGUGAAAUUUUGCCCGGAGAGCAGAACUACGGCCUACUCUUAUAUCGAAUUCCAACUGCCAAUAGAUCAUUUUAGUGCACGCUAAUGUGUACACGGGACCUCCGUUUUUCGUACCAUCCGAAUGACUAGACAGCUGUCCUUGUCAGUCCCUCUGUCCUGCAUCACUGAGAAGGGGGAACUACGCCGGAAAAUCUGGAUGAACUUUCUCGGCCAAUACAGGGAUCGAGCCAGUGUCUUACCCACUUAGCUACUGUGAUCCCCUAUAGAGAGAGAGAAAUGGGGUAUAACAUCCACUCGACACAAAAUAGGUCAU